GAUCCUCCCCCAAAUUCUCGUGUCAUGCAACAUCAUUUUCCUGGGAAAGAUCUGAUCUUUCUUUCAGAUUCGUUUUGCCCAGACAGGGUUUGGAUCUGAAAGGAUCGGUAAGAGAGACAAGAUCGAAUCUUUCCUUGGGGGAUUCAUUUCAAAGUGUUUGUUUUUGUCUGAAGAUCAAGAACACAAAAGAAAAAAAAAGAAACAGAGGAAGGAAGAAGAAAAAUGAUGAAGCUUUGUCCUUGUUUCAUCAACCCGCAACAACUUGGACCUAAUUCGCCUAGAGAUUCAUUUGAUGAAGGUCUUACAGCUUAUAGAGGCCAUAGCCGUAAACUUUUUGCUCUGUUCACAUUUCGCUCACACCGAAAAGGAAGCUGCAGGCAGAAGUAUAUAACAGAGGAGAUAAAGAAGUAUGGGAACAUGAAGAACUGCGGUCGAAUCUUCAAAUUCAAGGAACUAAUAGCUGCAACCGAUAAUUUCAGCAUGGAUUGUAUGAUUGGAGAAGGCGGUUUCGGAAGAGUCUACAAAGGGUUCCUCAGCAGCCUCAAUCAGGUGGUGGCUGUAAAGAGGCUUGAUAGGAAUGGAUUGCAAGGAACAAGAGAGUUCUUUGCAGAAGUGAUGGUAUUGAGUUUGGCUCAACAUCCAAACCUUGUCAAUCUCAUUGGCUAUUGCGUGGAAGACGACCAACGAGUCCUCGUUUACGAAUUCAUGCCCAACGGAUCUUUGGAAGAUCAUUUGUUCGACUUACCAGAAGGGGCACCAAGUCUAGACUGGUAUACGAGAAUGCGGAUAGUGCACGGUGCAGCUAAAGGGCUCGACUUCGGUGUUGUCCUCCUUGAGAUCAUUUCUGGGAGACGAGCUAUUGAUGGCGAUAGACCAACCGAAGAACAAAACUUGAUCUCUUGGGCGGAACCGUUGUUGAAAGAUAGAAGGAUGUUUGCACAGAUUGUGGAUCCAAAUCUAGAAGGGAAUUACCCAGUAAAAGGGUUGCAUCAAGCUCUCGCGAUUGCAGCAAUGUGUUUGCAAGAAGAAGCAGAGACUAGGCCAUUGAUGGGAGAUGUGGUCACAGCACUUGAGUUCUUGGCUAAGCCUAUAGAGGUUGUUGAUAACACUAAUACUACUCCUGCCGCCUCUGCUACUCAGACAUCAUCAUCUGAUUCAUAAAACUAAACUUUUUUUUUUCAA